AUGUUUGCAGAGCCACGACUGCAGGCGCUGACGGUACCCGCUACUUUGCUUGCCCGGGACCCAGCGUGGGUUAACUGUACGACGGACCUUUCCGGCUGCUACGACCCACCAAGUGCUGAUACCAUGGAAGGCGUUGCAGCAGGAAUUACUCUCCCGCGGCGACCUGGCCUCACAGUCGAAUCACUAACGCCUUCCGGAUCGUCGCCUGUUGUGACAUUGCCCUCGGCGGGAACAGUAACAUCACUGCCUCAAGCUCUAUCCGAGAAUCUUGGCAGUUCAGAGACCGUGAGCCUCAAUGUGACGUUUUCGGCGGCCAUGGAGGUGGCCUCGACCCUCCAGCUGAGCCUGGAUCGGCCUAUCGUAGCGCUUGCAGGUGGCCCAGGUCUUCUGCAGAGUCAGGGAAUCGGCAACGAUGCAACCAGCAUCCUAGCAGCGACGUCCGGUCAGAAGACUGCUGCUCCAUUCCAAGGACAAGCUCCUGCGACCAGCCUCAGAGCAGCCGAUCUUCCCACCGCGACGACCAUCGCCAAUCAGAUCGACGUCGCCGCGAUAUCUGUGAGUGAACUUCCUGUCGCGUCACAAGUGACCGUUGGGACCGAAACCCAAGCUUCUGCGGUCGUUUCGAAGCCGACCGUGGCUCUGUUGGAGGAAGAAACUGUAACCCGACAAGUCACAGUUUUCGUGGAUCCGAUCACGACAAAAACAGGGACGCUUGAGAUGGCCGUCCAAUCUAUCAUCAGCGUCAGUGCUUCUCCCCCAGGACCUCCUGCACCAACAUCUCAGUCGUCUGAGCACGAUCCUCUGGCUCCAGCCUCGGCUUUCUCAAUGCCUGGCCACUCAGCUGGUCCUGGAUAUGGUCUACCUCUUCCAACACCAAAUACCCCAUUUUCGAGGGCGACUGAGACUGGAACGACUAGUAGCGCUGGAAAUGUCGCUGCUGAUAGGCCAUCUCAGUCUCCUAAUCUCUUCACAGGAGGAUCGGGUUCGGCCCGUGGCGACAGGACCUUCACAUUCGAGUUGUCAAUUUGUUUCUGCAUGGCCAUAGGCAUGGGGCUGUAAUGGAGCUCGGGAGGAAAUUUUGCAAGAGCUGGGUACAUAGCAGGGAGAAUACUGUUACUGCGUCGACAACCUCUGACGGGUGCCAAGACAAGGCAUGUGAAGCUCUGGCCGGACUUGUAGGAUAUGCUGGAUUUGAAUUUUGCUCUCUACAAGACUCUCUACAGGGGUAUCUCCAGGUACUAAAUUACGAGUCCGUGCUUCCAACGCGUCGCGUGUUUUAGCGCGUCCCGUUGCCGUGCCGGUGCUUAGUGCGUGCGUGACGACCUCACUUCCUCCUCAAAUCUCUACUGCAGUCCAUAUCAAUACAUGGACGCAAAACUCUAAGAUGUCUAGCUCCUCCACACCUUCCGGGUCCCGGUCCUCGUCAUCCCAAAGACGAAAUGCUCCACCAUUCAAGCCAUUGAAACGUCUACACCAGAACUCAUUGUCCCAAUUCAAGGCCCAGAAGCCCUCGACAUCAGCAGCGAGCGACGCAAAGCUCACAGCGAUAUCAGAAUAUCUCGAAACGUCUUCCUUGCCGUGUGCUUCGAAACAAGUGCACCCAUUGAGUUCCUCGUCGAGUAG